UCGUUGGGCAUGCCCGUUGCUUCUGACAUUGACAUCAACCAUUCAUUCCGUCCCAUCCCAUCCCAUCCCAUCCUCCGAACCAGAACCACACCUUUUGCUCUUCCACCACCAGCCACUGCGACCACCUCUGCAUCAUACGCCCAUCCGCUUUGCUCUGUUUAGCCAGUAUUUCCUUCUGUCGUCCUUCUCCCGUAGAUUCCGCGACCACGUCCACAUCGACACCCGCCCGUCGCCAAACUCCACCGCCAUCCGUCUUAUCGUCACCACACCCGAGGCGCACGUAAAUCCGAGCAGCAGCCCGCAUCACGCGACACGCCUUCGAACCGAAUUCUACAUGGCGCGAUCUCAAACAACCAUCCUCCCCGUCAUCCCCCUCGCCCGUGGCACCAUCCUUCUGCCGGGCGUUGCACACCGCAUCCCCGUCACCGCCGCCCGCCCCGACAUCCCCGCUCUCCUCGCCAACGUGUACACCCGCGCCGCCUCCGCCGCCCCGAACGAGCGCAUCGACGCCAUCCCCAUCGCUUGCGUCCCCGUUUCCUCCCCCUUUGUCGGCCCCAAUGGCCAACUCCUCAUUCAAGAUGCCGACCAGAUGGACGAGUCUCUCAUCAAGGAGGUCGACCCUGGAACCGCCCGCAAGUCUGACCUCUUCAACUACGGUGUCGCCGCCCGUAUCACCGGCAUCGAGGGGAGGGGCACAGCCGAGUUCGCUUUGCGUGUAGAGGGUAUUGCGAGAGUCCGUGUAGAGAAGGUCACCCAGGAGAGGCCGCACUUCGAAGCCAAGGUCAAGUACUUCCACGACGAAGUCGCCACGGACGCCCAGAUGCAGGAACUAUUCUCCCUCCUCAAGCUGAGGUCGAGAGAACUCGUAACGAUCCUUCGCAUAUCCGCACUCCUUCCCAGAAGCCCAGAUAGCCCCGGCGGCCUGUCGCCCCUGUUGACUCGGAGGCUCGAAAUGUUCAUCAAUAAGAAGGAGCUAAAGGAAGCCGGUCAACUUGCCGAUUUCAUGGCCAAUAUCGUCGAGGCCUCGUAUGAGGAGAAGCUGGAGGUUCUGGCCGCCCUCGACGUCAAAGUCCGCCUGUCCAAGGUCAUUGAGCUGCUGGACCGUCAGGUUAGCGGCAUCAAGAACAACUUCAAGAUCACCACAUUCACCAGUGUACCCGUGCAAUUCCUCGACAAGAUCAACGACAAGGCUUCACGUCGCGUCGGUUCCAACGGCGCUGCGGUACCGCCCAACACCAUGUUUCCUCCCGGCCCCAACGGCGUCAUAGGCCCGAACCAGGACGACGAACAGGAGCCCAAUGAGCUUGAAGAGCUCAAGAAGAAGCUGGACAAGGCCGGGCUCCCCCCUGACGCGGCCAAAAUGGCCGACAGGGAGCUGCGAAGGCUUAAGAAAAUGAUGCCUGGCAACCAAGAAUACCAGGUCACUCGAACAUGGCUGGACGUGCUGGCUGAGAUUCCUUGGUCUGCGACCACAGACGACAGACUGGGGCCCGACACACUUGCCAGAGCCCGAAAGCAGCUGGACGAGGACCACUACGGCCUGGACAAGGUCAAGAAGCGCCUGAUCGAGUAUCUGGCCGUGCUCCGGCUCAAGCAGUCCAUCAAUGACAAUGUUGACGAGCAGAUCAAGAAGGCAGAGCAGGAGGCAGUCCCUCCCAAGUCCGAGACGGAGGAGGAGUCCCAGAAGAAGGAGGCCGCUGAUGCUGACUUGGAGGAGCGCACGAAGCUAGCCAACACCAAGAUCGACGUGCUCCGAUCAAAGCGAAUGGUCGACAGGUCCCCCAUCAUGCUGUUGGCUGGCCCUCCUGGUGUAGGCAAGACAAGUCUGGCCAGGUCUGUCGCCACGGCCCUGGGCCGGAAGUUCCACCGUAUCUCGCUUGGCGGUGUCAGAGAUGAAGCCGAGAUUCGCGGUCAUCGACGGACCUACGUGGCAGCCAUGCCCGGUCUAAUUGUUCAGGGCUUGAGAAAGGUCGGCGUGGCGAACCCUGUGUUCCUCCUCGACGAGAUAGACAAGUUGGGCAUGUCCAACCACCAGGGGGACCCAUCCGCAGCCAUGCUUGAGGUCCUGGAUCCUGAGCAGAACAACUCGUUCACGGACCACUACGUCGGUUUGCCCGUUGACCUAAGCAAGGUCUUGUUCAUCGCCACCGCCAACAGCCUCGACACCAUUCCUGCGCCGCUCCUCGACAGGAUGGAGACAAUCUAUCUGCCGGGCUACACGACGCUCGAGAAACGCCACAUCGCCAUGCAACACCUUGUGCCCAAGCAGAUCCGGGUCAACGGGCUCUCGGAGGACCAAGUCAACUUUGACAAGGAUGUCGUCUCCAAGAUUAUUGAGUCAUACACUCGUGAAUCAGGGGUUCGCAACCUUGAGCGCGAGAUUGGCUCUGUCUGUCGUGCCAAGGCCGUCGAGUUCGCCGAAGCCAAGGAUGGGGGGCAGCUCGAGACAUACAGGCCGCAACUGACGGUCGACGACAUUGAGGAAAUCCUGGGCAUAGAAAAGUUCGAGGAAGAAAUUGCCGAGAAAACGAGCAAACCAGGCAUCGUGACGGGUCUGGUGGCGUACAGCUCGGGCGGUAACGGCAGUAUCCUGUUCAUCGAGGUUGCCGACAUGCCUGGAAAUGGCAGCGUGCAGCUUACUGGCAAGCUGGGAGACGUCCUCAAGGAGAGCGUCGAGGUCGCUCUGUCGUGGGUCAAGGCCCACGCGUACGAGCUGGGCCUGACAUCGGAGCCGGCCGCCAACAUCAUGAAGGAGCGCAGCAUCCACGUCCAUUGCCCCUCGGGUUCGAUUCCCAAGGACGGCCCCAGCAGCGGGAUGGCACAGGCGAUUGCCCUUAUUUCCUUGUUUUCCGGCAAACCAGUCCCUCCCACGAUGGCCAUGACGGGUGAAAUCUCUUUGCGGGGCCGUGUAACUGCCGUUGGAGGCAUCAAGGAGAAGCUCAUCGGCGCCCUCCGAGCGGGCGUCAAGACGGUUCUUCUGCCUGCGCAGAAUCGGAAGGAUGUAAAAGAUCUCCCCCAGGAGGUCAAGGACGGCCUGGAGAUCCUUCACGUCAAUCAUGUCUGGGAGGCCAUCCGGCUCGUCUGGCCCGAUUCCCAGUGGCCCGGCGCGGAGCCCUUCCCGCCCAUUGAGAGUCGGCUGUAAACCGCGUAAAAUGGUCCUCGUGAUGCGCAGCCCUCGGAAGCAGGCAGGCGCAUCAGUGAGCCACUUGCUCCCAUUGUAUUAACUACUCUACUCAGCCCAGUCAUUCAUUUAUUGACACCACGAAGCCGGGGCAACAGCUUCUCACAACGACAAUGCAAGUAACGAAAUAGGGUCGAGGUUAUGUGGCGAUCAAAGCCUCGGUUGGUACGGCGUUUUCAAAUAUGUCUCGGGUGCGCGAGACGGGCGUUCAAGGCAGUGUUUCGGGAUGCAUUUCUGCGUGCAAAGUAUGUAUUUACGUCUAUCUGUAUUCAUGUAUCUUCAAACCACCGACGUAACUUCCAUACCACUGCUGCUUUUGAGACAUUUUGCCGCUCGUCACGUUGUGGUGAAGCAGGUUUCAUGCAAAUAGGCGACUCACUGCUCUCGCCAUACUCUGAGCUUGAAGAGUCGGACAGGAAACCGCCCUCCCACAUGCCUGGCCAGCC